AUGUCGCAACAAUAUCCUACUCCCGGGCAAGGAGGAUAUGGCCAACAACCUCCUGCGCAACCCUAUCAGAAUUACGAGCAGACACCUCCGCCAGCAGGAGACGCUCUGCCAGCCGCCGCCGCCGCUGCUCAGGGUGGCCGGAAGAAACGUGCGUACGCUGGACAGGCAUAUGAAUUUGGCGCAGGAGCCAAUUCUGGUCUAGGGGGCCAACCGCAAGCUGGAGGUGCCUAUCCUGGAUUUUCCAGUCAACAAGACGCUGCGGGAUACCCCCAGGGUGGCUAUCAGCAGAAUCCUGCGGCCGUACAGGAAAAUGCCACACCAAUGUACCCAGGCCAGGAACCUGCAGGGGGAGGAUAUCAACCACCAGGCGCAAGUUACCCUGCACCUGGAGGGGUUAGUGGCGUAGGUGGAGUUACCCAGCAGUUUGGUCAAAUGGACCUCUCCCAGAAACCUGUCCCUGCUGCACCACCGGCACAACAACAGCAGCGUGCACCUGUUCUGAAUCAGUUGUACCCAACGGAUUUGUCUAACCAGCCUCUGAAUGUUGCAGAAUUGGACUAUCCUCCCCCACCGGCAAUUAUCCCAGCUAAUACAAGCGUAACUCCGUCGCCCUAUGCCAAUUGCCCUCCAAAAUAUGUUCGAUCUACCUUGAACGCCGUGCCCACGACUCAUUCUCUUCUCAAAAAGUCAAAGCUCCCGUUCGCACUAGUCAUUCAACCUUAUACAUCCUUGCAUGAUGUGGAGGAUCCAGUUCCGGUCGUGCCAGAUCAAGUCAUCUCCCGUUGCAGAAGAUGUCGAUCCUACAUCAAUCCUUUUGUCACGUUCCUCGACCACGGUCAUCGAUGGCGGUGCAAUAUGUGUAAUCUCACAAAUGACGUUCCACAGGCAUUUGACUGGGAUGCGGCAACACAGAAAAGUCUUGACCGUUGGCAAAGACCUGAUCUCAAUCACGCCGUGGUGGAAUUUAUCGCUCCUCAGGAAUACAUGGUCCGGCCCCCACAACCACUGGUGUACCUUUUCUUGCUGGACGUAAGCUACGCUGCCGUGACCAGUGGAUUGCUUGCAACCACGGCCCGCUGUAUCCGAGAAAGCUUGGACAGAAUACCUAACGCAGACCGCCGUACGCGACUCGGAUUCAUUGCGGUCGACUCAAGCCUUCACUUCUUCAAUAUUCCCCGAGAUGGCACUGAAAAUGCGCAGACCAGCAUGUUGGUUGUUAGUGAUCUUGAAGAAGCAUUCUUACCUACUCCAGCGGACUUGCUUGUCACCCUCUCUGAAUGCCGGGAGAACAUUGAGAGCUUCCUCGACAAGCUCCAGGAAAUGUUCCAGAACACCCAAAAUGGAGCAUCUGCUAUGGGUUCGGCACUUCGAGCUGGUCACAAAUUGAUCGGGCCGGUUGGCGGCAAGAUGACUGUUGUGACCGCGUCACUUCCUAAUAUUGGCCACGGCAAAUUGGACAUGCGUGAGGACAAAAAGCUGCUUGGGACUUCAAAGGAAAGCAGCCUGUUACAAACCGGUAACAGUUUCUACAAGAGCUUUGCCGUUGAAUGUUCUAAACAGCAGAUCUCGGUCGACAUGUUCCUAUUCUCAUCCCAAUACCAGGAUGUGGCGUCCCUGAGCAAUCUUCCGAGAUAUACUGGCGGUCAGACGUACUUUUACCCUGGUUGGAACGCGGCACGAGAGGACGAUGCCAUGAAAUUUGCCAAAGAGUUCUCCGACUAUCUGUCUUCUGAGAUCGGCCUCGAAGCCGUCCUCCGUGUCCGAGCCACAACGGGUCUGAGAAUGAGCACAUUCUAUGGCAACUUUUUCAACCGUAGCUCCGACUUAUGCGCCUUUCCAGCGUUCCCCAGAGAUCAAGCAUAUGUUGUCGAGGUCGCCAUUGAUGAGACCAUCACCAAGCCGGUGGUCUGCAUGCAGGCUGCAGUUCUACACACCACGUGCAAUGGUGAGCGACGAAUCCGAGUCAUGACGCUGGCCCUGCCUACCACCCAACAAUUGGCCGACGUCUAUGCAUCGGCCGAUCAGCAAGCCAUCACAACAUACUACAGCCACAAGGCUGUCGAACGAUCUCUCAACGGUGGGCUUGAGAGUGCUCGUGACCUGGUGCAGGGCAAGUUGGUUGAGCUUCUUGCAACAUACAAGAAAGAACUCGCUGGCGGUAGCAUGGGUGGUGGUGGUCUUCAGUUCCCUGCCAACCUUCGAGCCCUGCCUGUGUUGUUCCUUGCGGUCACCAAGAACCUCGGACUGAGGAAAUCAUCUCAAAUUCCAAGUGACAUGAGGUCCGCAGCAUUAUGCCUUUUGUCAACCUUGCCGCUUCCAUUACUCAUCCAGUACAUCUAUCCCAAGCUGUUUUCUCUCCAUGACAUGCCAGAUGAUGCAGGCACUGUCGAUGAAAAGACCGGGGAAAUUAUCCUCCCGCCGCCGUUGAAUUUGUCCUCGGAAAGAAUCGCACCUUACGGACUGUAUCUGAUUGACGACGGGCAGACACAGUUCCUGUGGGUUGGUCGAGAUGCUGUACCCCAAUUGGUAAUGGAUGUGUUUGGACUACCUGACAAAAGUCAACUGAAAGUAGGAAAACAACGCGUACCUGAGCUGGACAAUGAUUUUAAUGAAAGGGUACGAGCUGUCAUCUCCAAGAGCCGAGAUCAUCGCGCCAAAGGGGUUGGCAGUAUCAUUGUGCCCCAUCUGUAUGUGGUUAAGGAGGACGGCGAGCCGGGACUGAGGUUGUGGGCACAAACGAUGCUUGUGGAAGAUCGAGCAGACCAAGGAGUCAGUCUUCAACAGUGGAUGGGAAUGCUCCGCGAGAAGGUACAGUGA